AAUCGACGACGAUUACGCCUAUCAUCAGCAUAUAGACAAGGGGAUUUUGUGUACGAUAUUAGGUGUACGAUAACGACUUGUGCUGAAUACUUAAAGCUUGAAGAGCUCACUUUCUUUUUGCGUGUGACUUGAUCCGGCUACGAUGUCUCUUGCCUCCGAUCUUGUUCGCAACCUUUCGUCGUCGUCGCUGAAUCAGCAGCAACGACCCACCAACCCCUCCUCUCCCUUCGACCACGGUCAACAUCCCUCGCUUCUUCAGAGCAAUAAUCCUCGGGACUCGUUCAGGCGUCACUACACCUCCGAUGGUCUCCGUCCCUCCGCCUCGGCUACGAACUUGACUUCGCACCGGGCUACCUUCGAUUCGGGCUUGACUUCGCCAACCGACCUCGCAGCCCUCAACUCCGAGUCAACACCGAUUGAUCCCGCAUUUGAUGGACUUCACACCUCCCGUUCAUCCGUCAACCUCACCAAAACCGAGAUCCUCGAACGCAAGCGCGCAGAGCACCAACAAAAACGUCUCGAUGCCCUCCGCCAAUUCGAGCGCCAAAUGCAGAUGUUGGAGGAACAGCAGAAGCGGGACGAGCAGGAACUCUUGGCGGCUGGACAUGCGGUCCCGGGUGCUGUUGGUGCCAUCGGGCAGAGGACGAGCAUGAGUACGACGGGGAGUAUGAGUGUUCCUGCAACUCCGCCACAGAGGUUGAGAACCGUCGGAAUUGCUACGACGGGAAAUAGUCCGUUUGGGUUGGGUGUUGCGCAGCUUGCUACGCCGCCUCCUGAUCACGCCUUCCCUGCUACGUCAAGAUUCGCGAAUUCGAAGAGUAUGCCCGGCACGCGCAGGAAUUCCGGAGACCGCGAUUUUGGGCUGGAGUUUGAUGAUUUCCCGGUUAUGCUCAACUCGCGCCUCUCGAUCUCGAACACGACGCUCAAGUCUUCGAUGAAGGGCGGACAGCAGGGUUACGGAGGACAGGGACCAACGAGGAGCGCGGGACCUACGAAUGUCAAGUUUUUGUUCGAGGAUGAUGAUGAGACGGGAUCUGGACAGAAGCAGUAUUUGCAGGUUAACACUACGGAUGACCAGUUCCCGAUUCUGGUUCGUCGGGAGUCGUUGCCCGGGUUUUUGUCUGCGUCUUCGGCUGCGCUUGAUUUGGCACAUCCUGUCAGUCAGUUGCCUGGUCAUGUUCUCGAGCGUGCACAUGCGCAAGCUCAGGCUCAGGGCCAACAAGAUGACUGGCCAACCGCCUUCUCAGCUCGCCAGUCUCGUCACCACUCCCGCGAAUCGUCCUCGCAUGGUCUGUCCCCGCCCAAGCCAUUCGAGCAAACUGCCGCUGUGCAGAACUUGCGUCCUUCGCUGGCUAAGCACGCGAGUUUCUCGACGCCUGAAGUGCCGACUUUGGCGCAUUUCAAGAUGAACCAGAACCAAGCACAGAUGGGACAGAGAUCUAUGCCGAAUGGGGUGCAGGGUAGUGCCUACACCAGUCUUCCGCCGCCGCGUAGUCCCUUGGGUGUCGAUGCUCAUGCUCAGCUCGCGACUAACCCCGCUGCCCUUGGACGUACGGGCGCUAGUCCAUUGCCGAGCCCGAGCUUGGCGGCGUUGUACAAUCAGCAGGGUGGGUAUGGAUUCCCUACUGUCAACGAUGGCGUGCCGGGCGUUGUGCAGGCGCAGGUUUCCCAGGUUUCCCAGGUUCCUGUGCAGCAUAUCCCUGUCCAGAGCCCACCGUUCGGUAUUGGUUUCCCGGGUGGACCCCUCCCGCCACAGGAUGUCCGUCAGGGCCCGGCUCACUUUGCUGGUCCGCCGAUGGGUGCGCCGUCCCCCGUUCACCAACACCGUGGACCUGGUGGCGCUCAUGCCCAACAAGCCGCCGCCGCCGCCGCCGCCGCCAGGAAGAAUCAUGAUGCGGAAGCAUCCCGUUUUGCUGGGGUGUUGUUGGAGAGCUUGGCUGGCGAGAUUUUCUCGUUGUGUAAGGAUCAGCAUGGAUGUCGAUUCUUGCAGAAGAAGCUUGAUGAGCGGAGUCCGGCCUAUCGGGACAUGAUCUUCAAUGAGACGCAGGCGCAUGUCGUUGAGCUCAUGACUGAUCCUUUCGGGAACUAUCUCUGCCAGAAGCUGAUUGAGCAUUGUACCGAAGACCAGAGGACCGUCAUUGUCGAGAAGGUCGCUCAUGAAUUGGUUGGGAUUUCGUUGAAUAUGCACGGAACCAGAGCGAUUCAGAAGAUGAUUGAGUAUUUGACUACGCCGAAACAGAUCACGAUUGUGGUUCAGGCGUUGGAAGCGCAUGUUGUUACGCUCAUUCGUGAUUUGAACGGAAACCACGUUAUUCAGCGAAUUUUGUCAAAGUCGACGUCGCACAGAGUGUCUAGGCUGAGCAGCGAUGACGUGCAGUUCAUCUAUAAUGCUGUAUCAUCUAACUGUGUUGAGGUUGCCUCUCACAGGCAUGGAUGCUGUGUGCUUCAGCGUUGUAUCGACCAUGCGUCUCCGGAGCAGAAAAACCAGGUUGUUAGAAAGAUUACGGAGAACGCUUUGGCGCUCGUACAGGACCAGUUUGGUAACUACGUCGUCCAGUACGUUCUCGAUCUUGGUGAGCCCGCUUUGAUGGAUGCUUUGAUCCGCCAGUUCUUGGGCUCGAUCCCAAUGUUGAGCAUGCAAAAGUUCUCGUCCAACGUGAUUGAGAAGUGUAUCCGCGUCGCCGAAGCACCUACUCGGCGACUCCUUGUCGAAGAGUUGACGGACACUGCCGCAUUGGAGAAGUUGUUGAAGGAUUCGUUUGGAAACUACGUUGUUCAGACCGCUAUGGACUUUGCCGAGGAUGAUCAGCGUAAUAUUCUGGUUGAUGCUAUUAAGCCGAUCAUGCCUUCCAUCCGCACGACUACGUAUGGAAAGCGUGUCCAGUCUAGAAUGGCUGGUGGACAGCAUCCUCCUGGAUACGCACCUCGUCCUGCUUUCAUGCAGAACAGGCCUCCGGCUGGAUUCCACCAGGGUCCGCCCCCUCAUCUCCAGGGCUUCCAAGGACCUCCUCGUCAGGGUGUCCACCCUCACGCUCAGAGACCUCCUUUUGGAGGAUUCUAUCAGUAGACGUUAUGUUUGUUGAGUGCAGCGUUGUACUUCUUAUUGUACGAUUGAAAAAGAUAUUGAGGCGAUUGAGAUGUGUAUGAUGUUUCUAGUUGGAGUGUAUAUUACAGAAUCGGAAGAAGUUGGACGAUAAUGAGUGGAUGUACGAAUUACCUUGAGUAUUUGACGAGUCUUGUAUGAAAACCCCCGAAGGACGGAAUAAGUGUAUGCUUUGCAAUUGUUUGAUAUAGAUCUUUCUCGUUUUGUUUGUAUUCAUAGAAUUAAUGAUAUCUUGGUACUUGAAUCAAGG